GCCACGAGGCGCAACGGUUUUUCUUCCUUCGAAAUACAUCGACAUUCGUAGUGAGUGAAGUGUCCUGAGCCAAAUCUAAUUACAACUGGCCUGCAAAAUACAAGAUUCGAAAUUCCUCGUGAAUAGUGACAAGUGAAUAACGGUAUAUUGCGGCAUGAAGGCUCUGGGAGUGUGCGCCCUGCUAUUGGCGGUCGCCAGCUGCCAGGGCUAUGGCGGUGGCUAUCAGAGGUCCAGCUACAGCUCCAGCUCCAGUUCAUCUUCAUCUUACGGCAGUGGACAAACCUCGGCAGUGCCGCAUAUCAACGAAUGGGGCUACUCGCACUUCAACGAGGUCCGCGAACUGGCUAAUCAACUGAAGCAGAAAUUUAACUCCCUUUCUCAGGGAUCGUCUAUCUUUGGCUAUGCAUCCACUUGGAAUCCUGAUAUUUUGAAAAUUAGCGGAAAGAGCGGAAGCCAGCUAGAUGCUGUCACCUCGGAGAUCAGCCAGCAGUUGGUGGCAGACAUGCGCCAGGGCAUAACCAGUUACAACACCAUUCGACAGCCGAACUUCUUUGAAGCAAAGGCGGCCGAGCUGCUGGAGCGUUUCGCUGGAGGGGAGAGUGCCAGCCUACAGCAGGCUGUGGACCUGGGUCCCUUCCAGCCAGUGGACUUGAGUGGUUUCGACGAGGUCAAAAACUACGCCUAUCCCGCCGAAGUAAAGGUAAUCGAUGGAAAGACCUAUGUUGUGCACCGUAACUGCACAGAGGCCACCAAGUUGUCCGGCUACGGUGGCUCGACCCAAUUAAUCCAGGGAUUCCUUGGACAGGGCCAGACAUCAAUUCCUCUUGGCAGCACUACGACGACCAUCACGAAAAAGAAAACCAUCCGCGACUGGGUCCGGGAGAACCAGGAGCCAUCCGUGGUCGGCUACAACUCAGUUGUAAAUAUAGGCCGGCAGGCAGACAGCAGAUCAUAUAGCUCGCCCAUGUCCAGUCCCAGUUUCUUUGGCCAGAUCAGCUCCUCGUCGCCCGGAGCCAGCUCCACACUAUUCAUUCGAAGCUUUAAUAAGACGACUACAACACAUCCGGAUGGAACUAGCUCAGUAGAUGGCUCCGAGUCGCAGCAGCGCUGGCAAGACGGGAAGUUGGUGUUCGAUCAGCAGGUGCCCUUUGGGCAGACAGCGGUGCCGAGGGAUGAGCAGUGGAAGCGCGAGGAGCGUGAACGCCUUUUCUGGUACCUAACUACGCCCCAACGACUUGAGGACUGGCAGCGUCAGCAGGAGGAUCGCCUGCUGGGAGUUGUCGAGCGUUACAAGAUCACUCUGCCUAUGCUCGAAGAGUUCCACCGCCGUGAGCUGGCCCGGUUCCAGGCUUUGAUGGGUCAAUACCAAUCACAGGUUCAGGACGCCAGUGCAUGGCAGAGACAAGAACGCAGUCGCCUGGAUUGGCUCAUCCACCAGAAUGGGUUUUCGGCUCAAGACAUCCAGCGCUGGCAGACCGAAAACGAUCGUAAGUUAGCCCAAGCGGCUCAGCAACACGGCAUCAGCAAGGAUCAGCUUCAGCAGUGGCAGCGGGAGGAGCUGCAGCGCAUGCACAUCCACUUCAACCAGGUGAACCAGUCGUUGGCGCCGCAGGUCCCAAUUGUGCCAUCUCAGAGCACAUACAACUACCCCUCCUCCAGUUCCCUGACCGAGGAUAAUACCAAGGAGCAACAGCGCCUGGAAGAGCUGAUUCGGCAGCACAACGCUACGAUCGCCGCUCUGCAAAACUCUAUUAGGACCGACCAGCAGCGACUGAAGGACCUCUCAAUUAAGUAUCAGGGCGAUAUGCAAAGCCAGACUCAGUGGUUGCGCGGGGAGGUGGCUCGAAUCGGAGACCUGAUCAAGGACCAAAACGAACAGGUGUCGAAAAUUACCGCCUGGCAGAGCUCGGAGCGUUCUCGCCUGGAGAGCAUCCUGCGUCAGCAUCGCGGCUCUGUGGGGGAACUGCAGCAGCAGAUAAACCAAGAUCGCUCUUACCUUCAGAACCUGGCCACCAAAUACCGAGUCAGCGUGGAGGAGCUGGAGAAAUGGCAGCACGAGGAGCUGCAGCGCCUGCAGGUGAAUGGUCAGAAGCAGCUGGAGGGUCACAUUAAGGACUGGCAGGUCAGCGUGAGCACCAACCUUCGCGACAUCGUGGGCCAGAACCAGCUGACCAUUGAGGAGUUCCAGAACUCCAUUAUCAACGAUCGCAGCCGCCUGGAGCAGAUGGCGCGCAUGUACAAGGUGAAGGUGGAAGAGAUAGAGCAGUGGAUCAAGAGCGAGCUUAAGAAGUUCCAGUCGGAGGGUCUUCUCAAGGAGGUUGAACAGGAGCUGGUUUUGUGGCAGCAGAAGGAGCGAGAGCGCCUGCAGGCUAUCGUGCAACAGAACUCGCUGACCGUAGACCAGCUGGAGGUCAAAAUAAAGAACGACCAAGAUCACUUCUUCAAGCUGGCCGACAAGUACAAAAUCCGCGUCGAGGAUAUCCAGGACUGGCUGAAGCAAGAGCUACUGCGGCUGCAGAGCGAGGGCCUUGUCAAGGCGGAGUCCUUGAAGGACUGGCAGCAGACCGAGCGCGCUCAAAUCUCCUUGCUGGUGCAGCAAAACAAGUACUCGCUCGAGGAAUUGGAGCGUAAGUUGCUGGCUGAUCGGGCCCGCUUGCAGGACCUGUCCGGUACCUAUAACGUCAAGGUGUCCGAAAUCGAGCAAUGGAUUAAGUCGGAGGGCGAUCGCCUCCAGCGCGAGGGUCAGUUGAGAAUGGAAACCCAGCUGAACAAUUGGCAGAAAAUCGAGCGUCAGCGCCUGCUGGAUCUAAUUAACAAAAAUAACUUGUCCAUCGAGGAGAUCGAGGCCAAGGUCGGCAAGGACCAGACGCAUCUCUACAGCCUGGCCCAACAGCACCAGGUGCGCGUGGAGGAGAUCGAGCAAUGGAUCAAGCAGCAAAUUCAGAAGUUACAGGACCAGGGUCUAAUUGAGAUGCAAAAGCUGAAGAACUGGCAGCUCGAGUGGCGCGGUAAUCUCACCAACAUGGUGCAGGAUCGUGACUUCACCGUCGAGGAGUUCCACAAGUGGCUGCUCAAGGAUCGCGCCCAACUCCAGAGCCUGGCUAUGCAGCACAACGUGCAGAUCGAGGAGAUCGAAACGUUUGUCAAGAAGGAGGAGCAGCGUUUCAUUGGCAUGGGUCUGUUGAAGCCCAGCGAGAAACUGACCAACUGGCAGGAGGUUGAGCGCCUGCAUCUUAAGAACCUGGCACAGCAGCAGUACAAGUCCACCGAACAGCUGGAAGCCCGUCUUCGUCAAGAUCGUGAGCUUCUGGAGCGCCUCGCCCGCCAGUACAGCGUCCAGGUGGAGGAAAUCGAGAGUUGGAUGAAGCAAGAGCUGGCGCGCAUGCGUGACGAGGGCCAGCUGCAGAUCGACAACCUCACCUCCUGGCAGCUGGCUGAACGGGAGCGUCUGGAGGCCCUCAUCAAGCAGAACAAGCAAUGGAGUGCCGAAGACUUAAAGGCCGAACUGGAGAAGGAUCGCGAGCACAUGCAGACCAUGGCCUUCCAAUACCACACCUCCGUCGAGGAGAUAGAGCGCUGGCUCCAGACUGAGAUUGAGCGCUUGAAGCAGCAGGGAAAGCUUAACAUCGAGCAACUGACCGCCUGGCAACGUACCGAACAGCAGCGAAUCCUAUCACUGCUUCAGCAGCAUUCCAACAUCACCCUGGAGCAGUUCCAGGCCAAGGUACACAACGAUCGUCGCUUCCUGAUAAGGCUUGCCGGCCAGCACCACGUGAGUGUUGUGGAGGUGGAGAAUUAUGUAAAUCAGGUCAUCGAGGACUUGCGCAAGAAGGGCCAGUUCGAGAUCGAGCAACUGCAGACUUGGCAGAUAGUGGAGCGCGACUACAUCAAGAGUCUGAUUGCGGAGUACAAGAACGGGCUGUCUACGGCGGAGUACGAGCAAAAGCUCCUGGCAGAUCGCGCACAUCUCAACCAGCUGGCCGAUCAGUAUCGCUUGAACGUGGAACAGAUCGAGGAAUGGAUGAUUGCUGAGCUGAAACGUCUGAGGGGCAGCACAGAGGAGUCUCUAAAGAGCCUCAGCGCCUGGCAAGUGUCUGAGUUGGAACGUCUGCAAAACUUGGUUAAACAGCAAAACCACCUUACUUUUGUCGAGUUUGAGAUGGAAUUGAAUCAAGAGCGCGAUCGACUGCAGAAACUGGCCACUCAGUACUCGGUCAACGUGGCCGAGAUUGAAGAGUGGCUGCGCCAGCAACUUAUUAGCCUGCGGUCCACCGGUCAGGCCAAGGUAGAGAACCUUUCCAAGUGGCAGGUGGAGGAACAGCAGCGCCUAAUCGAGCUCCUUUUGAAAAAGCAGCAGGAGCUGCCAUACGAACAAGUGGAGCGCGAACUUACCCAGGACCAUGCCCGUCUAGAGAGUCUUUCGCAGACGCACCACGUGGGCAUCGAUCAGGUUGAGAAUUGGUUACGUGAAGAACUGAGGCGCCUGCAGAGCUCUGGCCUGGUCCAGUUCGAGCAGCAGACUCAAUGGCAGCAGAAGAUCAGCAACGGAUUCAACGACUGGCUGCAGCAGCAGCGCAACGGGGCCAGCUAUCAGGAGUUUGUGGACUUCCUUAAGCGUGACAAGCAGCGCCUGGACAGCAUCGCCUCCGACUACCAUGUGACUGUGGAGCAGGUGGAGAAAUGGGUUCAAAAGGAAGCGGCUCGCCUCUCGGUCAUCGGUGUGAUCGACCGCCCACAAGGCAACGUAAAGUAUGAGGAAAUUGUCAACAUCUGGGAUGAGAAGCCUGCGACUGUUUGGCAGCAAGAUCUGGUGACGCGUCUGCGUACUAUUGCCCAACGCCGUCCCCUGACCAAGGUAGAGUUCGAGAGCUACUUGAUCCGUAACAAGCCGAUCUUCGAGGAAAUCGCUCGUCAAUAUCAUGUGACCAUCGAAGACAUCCACCUAUGGCUGGACCAGACCGCCCAAAAAGAGGGCCUAGUAUCGACGGAAUGGCAAUCUAAGGAAAGAUUACAUAUCGAGGAUCUGAUAGUUCAGCAACAGAGAAAGCAGCAGAAGUGGACCAUCGAUGAGUUGAAGCUCCGCCUGAACAACGACCAUCGGCACUUGCAAGACGCUGUCGUGCAGUACCAUGUGACCAUCGAAGAACUGAAGGCCUGGUACACGGAUGAGCUUAAUCGGCUGUUGGCGCAGCGUAGGAUCGACCAAGGCUUCGGUCUCUCUUGGCAGACCAUUGAAUUGGAGCAGAUCUACAAAGCGGUUUUGAACAACCCGAGCAUUGGUCGCCAGGGUCUUGAGCAGCUUUUGUUCAGUGACAGCGAGGCCCGUGCCGCACACUACCGCAUUACCGUCGAGGAGUUGCACCUGUUCAUUCAGGAGCAGCUGCGACGCUUCUCUAAUUUGGGUCUUUUCGUAGACACUGGAAGGCAGGCCAGUAAAUGGCAGGAUCAGGAAAGAAAGCGAUUGCGUGAGGUGGCCACCGGCGUGGUGAUCACCGAGAAGGAACUGCUCGAGUUCAUCUCGCAGGAUACGGCCUUCCAAACACAGCUGGCCCAGCUUUACCAGGUUGGCCUUGUCCAAUUGGCGCCGGUGCAGCGCAUUUUUGUCGGAAACAUGGUGCGCGAACAGUUGUUGGAGGUCCGCCGCCUGAACAACCUGACCUCCUGGCAGCAGCGGGAACGCGACCGCCUGUACGAAUUCAUUGGCACACAGAACAUGACUCAAACUCAGCUCAGGAGUUGGCAGAGUCAGGAUGGACAGUUGUUGCAGGACUUCGCCCAGAAGUACGAAAUCUCGGUGCAGCAGCUCAAGGAGUGGCAGAAGCAGGAGCUCGAGCGAAUCAACCUGGUGGCACGCUACUACGGUAUGACCCAGAGCGAUCUACAGAAAUUCCGCGAGGGUGAGCUGCGGCACCUGGCCUAUAUCAAUCACCGUCAACUCAUGGCUGCCGCCGAGGCUCAGAACUGGGAAAAGCGUCACCAGUGGACACUGGGACGCCUGCAGAGUCGCUACGGCAAGUUCGGCCAAGAGCUGGUCGUUUGGCGCCGCACCCUGUUCCUGCUGAGCCAAGGCCUUAUCGACCUGCCCUCGGGCGGCAGUGCUGACGGCGGCUAUGUGGUGGAUCCGGGCAGCACCAAUGCCACCGCCCACUACAAGCCAAUCUUCUCAAAGGAUCGUGGAGAUCAGCCGCCGCAUACGUACGAGGAGAACUACGACGAAGGCGAUGAGCCAGGAUUGGAGGGCGAGACAAAAGCACCGCCACUACCACGUCCCCAGCCCCCUCGCCCAUCCCCCUAUGUGAGCACGCCUACUCCUCCCUUGCCCUACAGCCGUGGUGGACCUUCAGGCGGAUACGAGUACCGCCGGCAGGACUAUACCUUCAAUGUUCCCGUGGGCACAGCAUCGGCGUCGGCCAGCGGUGGUCCAACUGGAUCCUCGGCUAGUGCCAGCGCGUCUCUGGGAAAAUGGAGUCGGGCUUCGGGAGAUGAGCCAUCGCAGCAGGUAGAGGAUCUCGGUCAACAGCAGCAGGAGGAGCUUGGCUGGAACGCAAACCUGGAGGAUCUUGGCCAACAGCAACAGGUAGUAGACUCUGACUGGGACUCGCAGCAGCAAUCGGAAGACCUUGGGCAGCAACAGGUUCAAGUCGAAGACCUAAGCGGAGAUCAUUUUGGACCGACACAAGGAAACAGGGCCAACACUAGGGGUCAGCUUCAAGAGCAGCCGGCAAAGCAAGAGGAGGUGGAAGCCACCGCGGAGCCCUCGUUCUGGGAGAAGCUCAAGGGAAAACUCGGCUAGAGAGGAAACCAAUCAACUGCCAAAUAGCUACGGGCUCAGGCUCGUCAAAGCUAAAAUUAUAUAGUUUAGAAUGUUUCUUACUUAACUAGAAAAACUCGCAAUCAAUCUUAAAUCUUUUAAAUGUUUACAAUUGUUUCUUUAGUUACUUAUUUAAGUAAAUAAAUGAGACUUCAAAUGUCCCAUGUGUUCCUGAAA